GAGAGAGAGGGGGUGGAAAGAGUGUGAAAAUCGUCGUGUGAAUAGUAUUAGGAAGUAAAGCGACGCAUGGUGGUGUGUGAAACGAACGGUCUACGGUGCGAAGGACAAAGGAGAUAGGAGGGAAAUAAAGAUUUUAUCCGGGGCAGCCACGGGAUAUCGGAGAUUCUCGAAAAAAUUGCGGGAAGCAAGAGUCGUCGCGAUUACAAAUUCGUUCGGUUCGACCAUUGAAAAAAAACUAUAGAGCACGGAUUCGCGGGAUUUACAUGGGUGAAAUUUUAUUUUUUAUACGUAGUGGGAAUCCCUUCGGAUACCCGACUCUCUUCGGGGGAAGAGCCGGGUUAUGCGGUGCCGGGAUAACCCGCUAAAACCACUGCGAUGGCCUUCCCUGCGAUGUGGGAGAUACGGUGGCACGACACUAGGGAUCCCUCGCCGACAAGUGAUCCUUGAAUCCUGGACGCAGUUACCAUUGCGUCGCGAAUUUUCGGAAUAGGUAUCCAGCGUGAGUUAUCCUGCGCGGGGAGGACAUAAUGAGAAGGAGAGGGAACACGGAAUCACUCUUCUCUCCGCUAGAUGACUUACCGUCAGUUGACUUCCGUCAACUGAUGUUGACUUCACGCGCUACCGUGAGGACAAAACUUCAGGACGAGCGGUGGUGAAUGAAAAACUUGUUCAAAGUGAGAGUGUGUGUGCGCACGACAAGGCGAUUCCUCGGUACGAGAGAUCUAUCGGACGUUUGAUAAUUACGAGAAGGUGGUUCGGUCGAGUUAAGAGGGAGUAAAUCGGUAAACGCCUCGAGCGCGGUGUCGGAUCGUCCGAUUUCGUACAAAAUCGGAUAUUUCGCGAAGGACUCGUCAGUGUAUCCCGCAGUGUCGCAUAAAUGCGGAUCUGAGUCCCAGUAAAGGACUCCGAGCGGAAAGAUUAUUUGUGCAUCCUCCGGUUCAUCGGAGUCGCGCGUUUUGAUCGCCAUCACUAGCAAAACCACCACCACCACUCUUCGUGCACCACCACCAAUAGGUCGGGCACGAGCAGCGCCAGUGGCUUCGUAGCAACCACCACUACCGUCGCCGCCACCACCACCACCACUGUCGCCGCCGCUGCCGCCGCCGUCAACCUCCUCUACCCGUGUAGCCGGCGGCGGUUCACGGUAGUGUCCUCGAACACGGCAUGCACGUAUCGUGCUGCGAAAGUUUUACGAGUCUCGCGGUGCGCCAAACGAGAAACGUGUUCGUGUGCCGACGUCGGCGUCGGCGUCGCCGUCGGGACGUGUGAGGAACGGGACAACGUCUGGCGAGUUCCUCCCCGAAAGAAUCCGCUCCCUCCUAGGCUCGGCUUACGCACCGCAGCGCGUGUGUGUGGGGAAACAGAUCGUACAAAUCAACCGCCUUCUAACAAGCCACAUUAACCUCAAGUGAUUUCUAUUUUCUUACGAAACGCGAAAGAAAUAUGUAAUUAGUAUGUUUAUAUCGAUUUAAAGAAGGAACACACAAAAAAAAGAAGAUAUCCCAAGAGCUUAGGUUCAGAAGAAGACAAAAGAUUAAGAGCUAUAUUAGCUAAUAAGUGUAUAAAAUAUAUCUAACUAAAGGAGGAAGACAAGAAACAGAUAAAAACAAACAAAUAAAUAAACAAGUCCGCCAGUGCCAAAUUGAGAAAGAAAGCAAGGUGAAAGUGAUCAUUGUAACAGAGAGAAAGAGAGAGCGAGAGAGUAGAGUAGAAUAGAAUAAGAUUUAUUUUGUCUUGGAGUAUAAAUGAAACAACCUUUUAGGCAAACAUACGCAGUGUUAUCUACAAAUUCUAUAAGAAUAAACGCGAUCGAGUGCAAACGUGCAGCAUUUUAAAACAGAAGGAAGAAAGCAAGAGCGACAGAGUAAUACAGUGCGAGAGCAGGACCGUAAACCAAAGAAUCUACCAUUUUUUUUUCUAUUAAUCAUUCAUCGAAUAACGAUAAUCUCUCGUCAAGUGAAAUAAUAGUGAGACACACACACACAUACACACACACACACACCGAUUUCUUCGUCAGAGCCAGAUUAAUUAAGCGAGCCGGCAUACAAUUUUGUAGAGGUUUAUAGAAAUAGCCAUAAAAUAUAAGUGCAUUUUUUAAACUGGACGCGUCACGUGACAGAUUUUCGCCAAGCGAAAAGAAGAAGAAGCAGACAAAGGGAGGAAUCAACCGGAUUCGCUUGAACACUCCCAGAGCAACCGAUCUACUUCAGUUCGUAGCCUAAACCUGUUGAGUACAAAACGACACAGAGUUAAAGUUAUAGGUAGACAGAAACAAAGAGAAAGGAAAAACGAAGAACGAGAGGACGAGCGUAAUAUCGAAGACUAGACAAUUGCCUGGAAGACUAACGUGCGACCGAAGACACACGGGUCAGUUCCAGACAAGUGUGACUACUCGGGAAUCUACAUCGCAAUAAGGACUUGGGCGAAUACCGCGGAUGCCAAUUCAGGGACGACAUUCCGUCAUCAUCGGGGAAGUCGGACCUUUAGGAUCCGAUUCGGCAAAUUAACGGGAAUCUGUCGAUCGAGAGAGGCACCAAUGUCGCGUACAAGAAUUUUGUUGAGUAUCCGCUCGAAGAAGACCAGAUAAUCUCGAGCCUUCGGAUUUAAAAGGAACGAGCGAGAGGGACCGCUCGCGCGAUCCUCGGGAGGAUUCGGAGACAGGACCACCGCUACGUCGGGACGUGAAACUCGCAAGCGAAGUGGAGGAGUUGUUGCGCGAUGACGUGGCGAGGAAGAUGAGCGCAAUCGAGGUGACGAAGGAGGUCGUCGCCACCGAGAGGGUCCCAACGAGCCCUCCGGCGGCGGCAAUCACGACCUCACCGGGCACGGUCGGCACUGGCGACCUGACGGCGCGGCACCUGCCGCCCUUCAGCAGCUUCGCCGGCGAGAACACGAUGGACACCUCGACGACGUUGACGACGCUCCACGCCCAGGACAUUGGGUCGAGCCUUGUGGGCUGGGACUCAUACUACACUAGCGAGGGCCUGUCGAGCCGGCUAGUCGAUAUGUCGACUUUGGUCUCGGCUAGCCAAUACAGACCCUGGGAGUCGAAAGGCGGCGGCGGCGUGGACGGACUGCCCAGCUUUGCAAGUCAGUUUACCGCCCCAAGCGAAUCUGAACCUCAGCUGACAUCGUUGACGCCACUAUCACCGGCGUCCAUUUCGCACUCGCCGCCGGUUACAUCGGCCGUGGGCCUGCCGAGCUUUCACACGCUUGGGACACCGGUUCCGGCACCGCAUCGCGGAGCGGUAGGUUACCCGCUGGUGCCGGCGCCAGUACAAGCUCGAGAGGUCCCGUCUCUACAGCAGCAGAUGAUCGACGAGCGACACAUACAGCUCUUGGGCUCCAACUCGAUGAUCCAGCCGUUCCCGCCGCCGCCACCGCAUCACGCGGUGCUGACGGUAGUGAAACCCGAAUAUCCGCAACUGCACCACGCGAAUUUUCAAAACCCGAUGUCGACCAUGCUGGACUCCUCGCCGACUUCACGGCCGAUCGGCAUCGACGGCCGUAAAAAGGAGCGCAGAAAAAUCCGCGCUGGUUCAAUGGAGUCGGAAGAUGGUGGCGGUGGCGGCGGUGCUGGCACCGGCAGCGUAGAAAGUUCCGGUCAGGUCGCCGCCGUCUCGUCCACCGCGAAUCGCGGCGUGCACCACCUCGGCGGGAGUAUGACCGAUGGCGACGGUGACGGUGGCCUUGGCGACAAGCCGGCGAAGAAAAAGCGGAAGAGAUGCGGGGAGUGCAUAGGCUGCCAGCGCAAGGACAAUUGCGGAGAUUGUGCGCCGUGCAGAAACGACAAGAGCCAUCAGAUCUGUAAGAUGAGGAGAUGCGAGAAGCUGACGGAGAAGAAGCACCUGUACCACCUGCAGACCGGCGAAGGGACGUUUCGAGAACGCGGGAGGGGGCGAGGCAAGGGCGCCACGAGGAGUUACCGGAAGAUCACACGGCAGGUCAGCACACCUGACAGCGCACCAGCUGGUCUCGGCAGUCCGCAGGGUGGUAUUGGCGGUUUGCAGCAGCAGCAGCAGCAGCAGCAGCAGCACCAGCAACAAACGCAACAAUCUUUACACCAGCCAGAUCCCAUGCAGCAGACCAAGGACAGUCUUAAUCCCGCGGCGAACCAACAAACGGGCGCGCUCAGAAACGGCAACCCGCCACCACCUGUCGUCUCUAUGUCACCCGGAGUGAUGCCGUUUUACGGCGAUACCGGCGCCGGUUUCCGUCCCGCAGCUGGAUUUGGAAAUACCGUUUGGCAUCAGGGAGUCGGACCAGUUGGCACUGUCGCGGUCGAGACGUCACCGGCGCCGUGGCCACCUCAGCAAUUCAUUCAGCAGAUUGCCGCGCCGAAUCAACUCGAAGAACUGAGAUAUCAUACUCAGUACGGCGCUGCGACACCCUAUCAUUCUCAACCAGUCUCGUAUCAACAACAGACGUUCAUAACGGCGGAUCAGUCUGCGUUUCAACGAGCCGGAACGACGGGACAGUACACUAUCACGGGGCAGCCGUCACCGCUGACUCCAGUCGGAGGGCAGACGGUGGUCUCGACGCCUCAGAGGCAGUUGAAUGGACAAUUUGUCGAUCCCUCGGCUACUGCUAACCAAUCAGUCACCUACGAGCGACAAGACUAUGUGAACGGCUAUCAGCAGCAAGACGUGACGAUGGCGCCGCCUCCGUCAACAACUCCGACGAGUCGUAGUAGCUCGGUGCACAUGGACAGUCAGCAACAGCAGCAGCAAGGAGGUCAGCAGCAGCCAACGCAGCAGCAACAGCAGCAGCAGCAGCAGCAACAGGCCGCCGCGGAUACGCAAGUAAAGGGAUUCGCGACGAUCGCCUCUUCCAACGUGUCGGGAAACGAGAUGCCUGGGUAUCCACUUCAACCGGACCCACAGAGUUUACACAACUCUAACGGGUAUCCAGGCUACGUGGAGAUGGGUCAGCAACCAGCGCAGAACCAGUGGCAAAUGGUUCCGCAGCAACAACAGCAACACCACCAACAAACGCAAAUGCAACAGCAACAAUCGGUGGUCGACAAUAAUCAACGACAUGUAUGGUCUGACACAAGCGGAAAGAUGAACAGUGGUGUCAACAGUAGCAUGAACUGGCAGGAGGGAGCGAUGCAACAGCCACAGAAGCCACCAUCGCAGCAGCAACAACAAAAUAUCCAAGGCAAUAUGAAGCCACAGGUGGAGCAGCAACAAACUUCUCAAAUGCAACCACAGGAACUGCCAAGACCAGCGAGUCAUAUGAGCUGGGAGACCGGGAGCGUGAAGGAACCCCAAACGCCACAGUCGUGGUCCGACAACGCUGACAACCAGCAACAACAAACUCAGGGAAACUGGUCGCAACAGAGUCCGAAGUUAAGGGAUCCGCAAAACUCACGGUUGACGCCAUCCAGUCAACAAGCGUCUCAACAUCAGACUUGGUUACAGCACUCACCGAAACUGUCAGACCACCAGCACAGCAAUGCUCAACAGAACGCGAGAAUGACGCCUUCAGGCCAGCGUAGCUGGCAGCAAAAUAGUCCAGAGAUGCAAGGAUCUCAGCAGAAUCCGAGAUUGACGCCUUCUGGGCAACAGAUACAACAGCAGCAGCAACAACAACAACAACAACAACAACAACAACAAUCGUGGCCGCAACAGACCAAGGUGGAGCAGAAUCCUAGACUCACACCAUCCAAUCAAAUAUCGUGGCCCGACACGCCGACUAGUCAACCGAAUUGGUCACCAAAUAGCAUAAAAAGUGAUAAUAGUCAACAGCCGCAGCAACAAUGGCAGGACUCACAACCAAGUCCUAGACGGACCCCGAGUCAUCAGUGGCAAAGUCAGCUGCCACAAGAAAAAAUAGAAAAUCAAAUGGUAAAUUGGUCGCCUGUAAGUUCUGUAUCGGAAACUCAACCGACUUGGGGACAACAGGCGACAAAACAGGACAUGCAAAACUCAGGAGAGAGAAUUGCGUGGCAACAACAAACGACAAUGGAUAAUAGUAAAUCAAACGGAUUUCCAGAAAAUCAAGAUAAUACGGAAAGCAACGUCUAUGCUCAAUCUAAUCGAGUGAAUCUUAAUAGCCGAUUGAAAUCGAUGAUUCUGAACAAGCAACAACAACAACAGCAGCAAAUGCAGCAGCAACAGCAGCAGCAACAGCAUCAGCAGCAAACCCAUCAACAUCAUCAGAUGCAAUCGCAACACGUUAACACUAACAAUGGAUCCGCUUCAGAAUAUUCAGCGGACGAUCAAAUGCGCGAUGCGCAUGAAAGUAGCGAGAAGAUGCAAGAGAAACACACGGAUCAUUUUAUCAACCAGCCAAACAUUAUUUCGAUGACGCAACCUAAUGAAAACUUGACCGGUAAUUUUUUAUCGCAUAGCCACCACCCUCGGGUAGAUAAUUUGCCCGAUGGUGGUGGCUUAUGGGAAUGGACGGAAAGGGAACACAAUCACAGUAGCAACGAUAUCGAUAACAAAAAUGACGAUAAUUCCGCAUUGCCGGAAAAUGGAAUGGCAGCUUUCGAAAAUUUUAUGAAGCUCACCGCAGAAAACAAGAGUCAGUCAUGCGACAAAGACAAGGAGCAACAUUCCUGGGACGCAGAAGCAAGAAGCAAUGAAGAUCAAGAUAUCGACGACAAAUCUUUCCAGCAAAGAUUGUGCAUGGAUCAAGUCGAAAACGCAUCUUUCGAGAGAUCCCAGAAGAUAUCCGAAAGUGACGGAAUGAAAAACGAUAAUCUGGAUUUUCUGAAGACUACAAGCUCUGACGAUCAUACAUCUUCCCAAGAUAAAUGCGAUUCUGAUCGUGUGAUUAAACAGGAGAAACUCGAAGAUCACAAUUAUCCCCACGUAUCCCACGAUACGUCCAACGUCAUCGAGGACGAAGAGACUGAAGAGAUUGCUCGAGAUUAUAAGUUUCCCGGCGAUGGUGGACCAGCGAAGGUGUCGCCGGGAACGGGUUCGUGGUGCUGUCGAAGAGGCGGGACCGAACAACCGACUCCCGAACAUCUGAGAGACGGCUGUUGUCAGGGUCUUCAAACUAAGGAUGAAAUACUGGCCGAUUCUCCAGAGAAAGCCGAGUUGAAGAGCGAAGGACCGCACAGCCCGCAUACCCCGACUACAACGACUGUGACGACAAAGUUGCAAGACCACUUGGACAAACUGAAGAACAAUGUCAGGACCGAAGUGCCGGACUGCAACUGCUUUCCCGCCGAUAAAUGUCCACCAGAGCCCGGUUCGUAUUACACUCACCUCGGGGCGGCUGCAAGCCUGCCUGAUCUUCGGAACGAUCUCGAACGAAGAACCGGCCUUAAGGGCGACGCGAUAAGAUUUGAAAAGGUCGUCUAUACCGGCAAGGAAGGCAAAACUACGCAAGGAUGUCCCAUGGCUAAGUGGAUCAUCCGACGAUCCGGUAUCGACGAGAAGAUCUUAACCGUGGUGAAACAUCGUCAAGGUCACAAGUGUCCAACCGCUUGGAUCGUUGUAGCUAUGGUCGCCUGGGAAGGGGUGCCGACUCACGAAGCGGAUCGGAUUUAUACUCUUUUAAGUCACAAACUCAAUCGAUUCGGUCUUCCAACCACCAGACGAUGCGGUACCAAUGAACCGCGAACUUGUGCAUGCCAAGGACUCGAUUCUGAAACUUGCGGCGCCAGCUUUUCCUUCGGCUGCUCCUGGUCGAUGUACUAUAACGGCUGCAAAUAUGCCAGAAGCAAAACCGUCCGAAAGUUUCGGCUGUCUGUACGAUCGGAGGAACAAGAAGUCGAAGAGAGAAUGCACGUUCUGGCGACGCUUUUGUCACCUUUGUAUCUUAGUCUUGCACCGGAGGCUUUCAAUAAUCAAACACAAUUUGAGCGGGAAGCGAGCGAAUGUCGUUUAGGAUUUAAACCGGGUCGACCCUUUUCCGGUGUUACGGCUUGCAUUGAUUUCUGCGCACACGCCCACCGGGAUCUGCACAACAUGAAUAACGGAUGUACCGUGGUAGUUACCCUGACAAAACAUCGAACAUUAUCGAAACCUGAAGACGAACAGUUACACGUGCUACCUCUUUACAUAAUGGACGACACAGACGAAUUCGGUUCAAAGGAAGGUCAGGAGAAGAAGAUUAGUUCCGGUGCUCUUGAAUUUUUAUCAAAAUAUCCAUGCGAGGUACGAGUUAGAUCAGUACCUCUUCAACCAUGCAGACGUCACGGUAAGAAGAGGAAAGAGGAUGAACCGGAUAUUCAGUCUGGCAAAAAAGAUACGGUCAAGAUUAUGGCGGAAAAAAUGGCUGAUUGCGGGCGUUCACCAGGACACGCAGACUCUUCUAAGCUACAAUCGCAAUUAACAUUAGAGAUGACGCCCAUGUUCGAAGGAAUUGAUGCGCAGUUGCAGAGUUCUCAGGUAUCAUCCACGGUCUUAGAUAGUCCGGUAUCUAUGUAUCAAGGAUGGGGAGCAUAUCAAGGUGAGCAACAGUGGAAUCGAAAUGGCUGGCUUGAACAGCGUAAAAGUAACUGGCUGAAUCCAUGGGGAGAAUAUCCUUCGUUUGGUGGUUUAGAGAGGGACAUCAAAGUGGACCCGGACAGUACCAGUUUGGAUGAUAUUAGACCCAGGAGUACCGUUUCUCAAGAAGAGCAUAGACCAGGCUCGAGGAAUCUACCUAAUUCUACAGUGGAUUCGGCCAGAGGAUGCUACGGAAGCUCACCUAGAUCUCAUCCCGUUUCACCUCGUUCGCACGUAAGCAUUUCAGGAGAGGGGUCUUAUAACACAUCACCCAGAAGCUGUAUGACGCCCAUGACGCCUCAGGAUCCGAAAAUGAUUCCGUUGAAAGGAUUGGAACAUUCAAACAUGGAAAAUAAUUACGAUCAUCAAAUGGCUUCCGGAAUGUACGCCACUUCUGUCAACGGGCAAAACGAUUGUUCUCCCUCAAAAAUCGGUACCCUCAAUCCAUCGCUCGGCAUGGAGACCAUGCAUCGAAAUAUUCCACCCAAGAUGAAUCAGUCGCCGGUUCAUAUACGCAACAUGGGACAAGAUUGCGUCCCCAAUCAAAUGAGGUUGUCGUCUCCUAAAUAUACGGGGGAUUUUAAUCCACAGAAAUACUCCGAUACCAUGACGCAAAAUUACACAGACGCUGAAAACUCUACGAAAUCGCCACUGCUGAGGCCACAAGUUGAACAAACGUUUGCAAAUAGAAUGCACCAUCUAUCUCCAUCCAAACCCAUGCAAUCGUCCAUAAAUUCUGGCUAUCAUAAUCAAUAUUGCGAUGGUAACACGUCAAAUUUAUACUCUUACAUGGACAAUAGUAGUCAUAAAUCUAUGGAGUCUCCAAAUUCGGAUGUCAUGGGACAUAAUUCAUUACAUUUACCAGAACAGCGAAAUGACUCGCAAUGCUCGUCGAAUGACCAGCGGAAGUCCGUUUAUCAUGCGCAAAGACAAUCGGAAUCGAAGUCCUUCGCAAGCAAUCAUCCCUCAUCCCCGUCUUCCGAUCACGUUUCUUGCCCGCAGAAUUGGAAUAUGGCGAAUUCGUGGUGUUCUAAUCAAGUUAAAAAUCCACAGCAAUUUGAUCAGAUGGGCGACAAGAAAAUCUGGAUCGGUAAACUAACAAGACCGGACCAAGCCAAAGCCGCCGCCUGGGAAAUGUCAUCUGAACCGUCGCCAUUUCGAGUGCCAAGGGGGAGACCACCCUCGCGAACGAUAUCCAAUCAGAAUCCACCCGCGGAGCCCAGUGCAUAUCCAAAUCCUUUGGCCAGAACAUUUUUAAAACCGCCAGAUUCUAAGCCCAUUUUCGCGGACGCUCCGAGCAGCAACACGGCUCAAAACGGUUGUAUAUCCAAUCAAUUGAAGGAUAGUUGCACGGAGGACAAAUUGCGAGAAGGAUUUUAUGACAACAAGCAAGAGGUGUCCAAUUCCAAUCCGACUUCUCUUGCAUGGACCGAAGAAAUGAAACAGGAUUUUCACACUGUGUCCGGUUUGAGCCAUCAUGCGUUUCCUCAAUACGGAUAUCCAACUUAUCCGGUGUUCGAGAAACCUUAUGCGAACUCGUGGGAAGGUUACAACUAUAAUCAUCAUCAUCAACCGUCAUAUCAGACUCCGGAGCAGUUCUACCAGCAACCAAAGCGGGAAGGUUGCUUUCACUCGUCUCAAUAUCCGUAUCAGGGUCUGAAUCCAGCGUAUCAAGGCUUGAAUUCCGGCUGGUCGAGGUGGGACACACCGCGGUGGGAUAUCUACGGACCGCCACCUUAUUUCCCGGUCCUACCGGAGCCUCCUCCGAAGGCGGAGCCUCUCGGCGAAAUAACGGAUUACUCCGAGAACGAGGAAUGCUUCAAGGACCCGCAGAUGGGCGGUGUCGCGAUUGCCUUGAGCCACGGUAGCGUACUCUUUGAGUGUGCGAAGCACGAGAUGCAUGCCACCACCGCACUAAAAAAACCCAAUCGGCUCAAUCCGACUAGGAUUAGCUUGGUGUUCUAUCAGCAUCGCAACUUAAACAGAUCCAAGCAUGGUUGGGAAGAGUGGGAGGAGAAGAUGCGACUGCGAAAAUUGGGUAUCACAACAUCGACCAGCAGUAGUACGUCCGUGUCGACGACCAGUCCAUCGACCCCAACCACCGCGACAAGCCCCGGCAGUACGAUGAAUGAGAAAACAACGCCACUUCCAUCACUUUCGCACAUUCCAAAUGUUCCCAGUUCACAGUUCAUGAUGAGAUCUCCUACUUACACCACGAUGACUUGGACCACGCUCUUCCCGAUGCAUCCGUGUAUGAUAACUGGACCGUACCAAGAAGGUGGUGCGAUUGGAUGAGUCGAGGUCGGACGGUACAGCUUUGAUCGUCGAUGACCGAGGCUUGUACCGAGAUAUGUCAUCGCCAAAAAUCGAAUCGGCUGAAGGAUUCGAGAGGUCAAAGAUCCUGAAGAAGUAUCACGAUAAAUCCGAUCGAGGAUGAAACGACGAGAUGACGACUUUACCAUGAGAGGCUUUAUAUUGUUAUUACCGUUAUAGUUAGUUAUUCCGAAAAAAACGAGAAACACACACUUUGCACUGCCAUUUUUCUAUUUCGAGUUUUACGCAAGAUUUAAACAUAGCGACAAAAACGUGCUUGAAGAAAGCCUCGCCGGGUGUGACUCACCCUUUGUCGGGGCUCGCGUUUUAUACUGACUUUUUACUGAGUUGAACUCGAAAGAGACUCUCAUAAUCGAGCCAGAGGCUGCAAAAUCGAGACAGUAAAUGAUCGUAAAUGACGAGUAGAUCAUCGAGGCUAUUGACGUAUCAGGAAAGCUCCGAUAAAAGCUGCGCCUUGCGAAGACUUUGAUACGAAGAUUUUCGUAUUCUGACCCUAUACACUUUAAGUAAUAUCGCUACGUAUAACGGUUUCGUGUUGGUAGAAUUGUAAUCUUACUAGCUAGUCGAAGUCUAGAUGAUGAAUCACGCGAUAUCACACGUAUACAUAAAAGCACACAUUAAACGUAUACGCACUCCAAACACCCAGGGAAACUUGCACGACGUGAUCUCUGAAUUGUCGCACCUUUCUGCGACUUUAAAAAGAAAAGCAAACCGAACAACCAGGUCUUCAGCUAGGUCAGCAUCGUAUAGAAAAAUAUCAACUAUCUAGAUAUAAUAAAUUUUAUAAAAGAGUAAACCUGGAGAGAUAUUAUUUGCAAGAUAUUAUUUAUAAUAUGAGAUAUAUAUAAUAUUAUGACAUUUCUCACUUUACAAUGCGAAAUAAAUAAUAUUAUAGCACAUCUUGUAGUGUUUUAGUUCAAUUAAUAUCUUGUGAUGUUUUAUUAGUCGACAUUGAUAUCUCGCAAAGCUUUAAUUAAAUUCAAAAUCUAACGAAAGGCAGAUUUCAAUAUGAUUUCUGGGUCUAUCGAAGUCGAGAGAAAGGAACGAUAAUUCGAGAGCGCCUUUUUAUAUUCAUUAAUUGAACGAUCUUUCGCGAACAGGUCCAAGCACAAUCCUAAAUGUCCAGACGAUGACACACGAUACAAUGAUCUCAAAUCUUUAAAUUAAUUAAAUGAUAUGUAAUGUAAUAUCUCUGAUUUCUAGCCUUUGUAUAUUUCGCUUCUUAUUCUCGUAUUUAUUUACGUGUUUGUACUCAUAGCUAAGUACUAAGUACGAUUAAUUCAAGUGGCAUGCGAUAUAAUACUAACCAUGCGCCCUUCGGGUCGGCUGAGUACAAAACAUUUAUCUAACAAUCACGUGACGUAGGUAGGGGUGUAUUUAAACGGUCAGCGAUAUAGGCUGGUUACGCCAGGUGUUGUCUCCAUCGUCAGUUUUUGACGUUCUUCCCUUAUCGCUUGUUCCACCUUGUUUAACCCUUUUUACUCGAACCGGCAAUUAAUUAAUAGCACGACUUUAUUGCUGGCUCGUCGUUUGCAACAAAAUUCGGCAAAUCGCUCAGUAAAAUUCAGCAACUGUACUAGGUGAUUGUGCGAAUUAAUUUCUCGUACAGUUGCGGUUUUAAGAAAUUGAUCACUUUUCAAGAACGAACGAAUCGUUUGCAUCUGAUAUCUCAUCGAGACGAAAGGAAAGUAGUCGGAAAGUCAAUUGGUUCAGUAUGAACCAUUCGGCAGAAAGGGAAUUUCGAUCGGCUUUCCGAAAUUCAAAGCAAUUAGGUAUUAUCGAAUUGGUAGAAACGAAAAGAGAUUUAGUCUAUAACUUUAUAUCAUUAUCUUCUUUGUCCUCCUGAUUUUAUUUGUAUAUAUUAAUCGUCUUUUAGUCUAAGCCUGUUGCGGGCAGGACGCAAGGUCUGACAACAGAAUCCUGCUGAUGAUCUUCGAAGCUCAGGGCCAAUCGAUACGGUCUCUGGCGGUGUGUCGGCUGGCAUUUCGAUGGAUCAGACGCCCAUUGUCAUCGUGGAGAGCCUCUCGGAGAAUCUCGGUACGACAGAUCCUGUGUCUUUCGUGGUACAUCCAGGUUUUCGUAUCUGAUAGAAGUUUCCAGGUCCGAAUAAGGAUCAGUAGUGCACUCUCCAUUGCCCGUGGCCCUAUUACGCUCUCGUGCAUUCCAUAUCUCCGUUAAUUGAACAAUGUCUUGGCCAGGGAGUCUCACGCCUUCCGUAUUCUUGUCUCCACACUUUCCACGCUAUCGCGACACUUUCAUCUAGAACUCGGGGACUUGGAUCUCUCCCGAGAAGACUGAGCGAGCACGAGGACUCGCCUAUAUCGAGAGCCUGGAGUGCUACCACUUGUCGCCGGUUCAAAGGGUGCUUUCUUCGCAUAGCACUGGGCUAGCUGAGCGCGAGAGGUUAAUCCUGAAACGUUGUGAAUUGAUAAGUAGAUCGGUUAAAGAAAAAAAACUAGGCACUGCCCGAGGAAGCAGCUAUCGCUUCCACGUGAUCCAUCGUCUGCGUUCAGCGACCGACAGAGUUGUUGCGUUAAGGUACCCUGUCGCGGAGGUUCGAUCAGGGAGAGGUGCUCGAGGCGAAUAGAACUCAGCAGGAUUAGUAGGCAUGUAGAUUCUUAAAACUUAUUUAUUUAUUUUUCUCGCUCGACGUCCGUCUGCGAAAACCCGAUCCCUCAAUUAAGCGGAGCGCGAUUUUUAUUAAUUUUAAGGGGGUUCUGUUUCUCAAAUAAAAUUUGUAUUUUAGAUUACAACGAGAAGCAAAUAUGAAGGCGGGUGUACCAUUGCGGUACAUCUAUACUCGUGUAUUCGCGUAAACUACACGGUCGGUCUCGCGCGCGCGGUUCUAGCUGCGCUUAUACCUGACGCGAGACACUACCGAGUCUCGUGAUAAAACGAUGCCUCAAGUGUCAAAAAGUAACAGCUUGUGAUUAUUGAAAAUGUCAUUGAAAACUUAUAGUUUAGCUCAUAGCGAGGAGCAAGUAUGAAGGCGGUCUUUUGAUUUCUGACUUGAGGUCCCCCCCUCGAGUCGCGAGUCCCAUCUUUCCUUUUGUAUUUGCGUCCGUCGAAUCGGUGAAAUGAAAAAUGAAAGAAACAAGACGCGACCAACCCUCGCCUACAAGAGUAUUAUAAGAAUCAUUAAUAUAUUAUCAUUCAUUAGUUAUCGCAUAUUAUAGUAAUAGUGAUAAUAAUAAUAGUAAUAUGGGAUGCAGUAAUAACUAGUAAUGUAAUCUAAUUUAAUGUAUAUUAUAUAUUUAUUAAUUAAGUUUGAGAACGUGAUGCUGUGCCGUUUUUUUUUUCCUAUUUUCGCCAAGCCGACUUUCGGUUGAGAUUGUCCGAUUUCCCGUGCACCGGGUCGAUCGACGUUUCCGGGUAGCACGAGAGAAUUCCAAUACGCCACGUCGAUUUUCCCCUCGUAUCGCUCGGAACGGCCUCACAAAUUUCAAUCGGCGGGGAUUAAAAAAAAGAAACAGUCACUCGUUGUCCCUCCCCCCCCCUUUUUUCUAUUUAUUUGUCUCCGUCUCAUCGCUCUAUCGUUUCUCGAAACGCUUCGUGCAGCUUCAUAGUAAAGUCCACUCGACGGAAACGUAAAAAGGGGAAAUUCUCGUGCGGUCGAGCAAACGUUCGUUAAGGAAGGAACGGACCUUCCCCUCGCUCAGAUACACGGGAGAGUCGCGAUAAUUCGUCUCUUAUCAAUCUCAAUCCCUCCCUCGAGAAGGAAAACGAUUAAAAAGAAGAAAAAAAAGACGCGUAUCUCUUUGUUCCCUCCGAGUUCGCCAACUGCUUCUUCUCUCGACGCGACGGAAAACGCGUACGGAUGACACUCGUUUCUUUCGCUUACGCAUACACCGUGCGGCACACCGGUCCAUUUUCUAGAUAAGGGUAGCGAGGACGGUAAAUGAGAGUACAAUGUAGAAUAGCAUCGGGCUCCCCCCCCGCAGGGCUUUCUCUCUCGGUUUUUCUCUUGACAAGUGUAUAGCAGGACGCUGUUAUCCUCCUCCUCGUAUUCCGCAGAAGUGACAAUACAAUAUAACAAAACGCGGCGGUCUUUAUGUCGAGUUUCAACGAAGUCGCGGAGGACUUUCGGAUCCAGCGGGAGUGCCGCGGGACUCCGAGGGACCGCGCUCUCAGAGUCUUUAUUUUUCGGAAAACUGUUCCCCCCCCCCCCCCGGUCUCACCCUCGCGACGAGGAUCGAGUCCGCGGUCCGAUCGGAUGGCGAUCCCGGUCGCCGAGGGCGCGACACCGGGAACACGGAAUCCCCGCGGCGCUUCGCGCGCGACCACGAAGGGAAAUCAAAAUUCCACAAAUCGACUUCCAAGCAAAAUGUACACUUAGCCACGUAAUGCACCCCCCGAGUCACCAUUGUACGAUACUUCCAACCGUCUGUAAGUACACUGAGGAUCGUUGUUCUUGCUGAAAGGGAAAGAAAAGAAACUUUUUAUAAGGUGGAACGUUUUUACAAGGUGGAAACUCGGAAAUUAUAUCGGUUCGACGAUGCCAAAAUAGUAUUAAAUGAUUAGGUGAGGCGUUUGUAAUAAUAAUAAGCGACGGACGGCGAAAUAACGAAACUGUCCGAAGUACAGGGUCGACGCGCAAUGACGGUUGUAUUGUUCGGUUGCAGGAUGUGCAAGUCUGUCAAAGUAAGAGCUGAAUUGUCUUCUCCCGGAUGGAGUGUCCUAAAUUUAAAAAGAAAAAUCGGCGAGAGCCUUUCGCGUGAUUCUUCGACACAACGGGUCGUUGCGUGGAUCCCUGUGCAAGGAAGAAAAAGAAAUCCGAAAUCUUGAUUAAUUAGCCGAAAAGAGAGGUGGUUGGAGAGGGAAGGGGAGGCUUACGAUCGGAGAUAGAACGACGGCGGAUUAAGAAAGAGAUAAACGUUGAAGAGUGUAUUUUUUCUUCCAAUGCCAAAAAAAUGCCAUUUUGUUUUGUACGAAAA